GAGAGAGGAGAAGUUGUCCAGGGCGCGCAGGAAAGCUUUAAGGAUCAGAUUGAUCCUCCUUUUGUGAGGCUUCACAGACUCGGAUGUCACUCUAAAACAUCAUUUCUUCAGCCUCUAUAUAUGAUAACUCACUGAAUUCCCCGUGGUAGCUGUUGUUUCUCGCUGCACCUGCCCCGCUGCCGGAGCGGCUCAUUGCGGCGUCGGGACGUGGAUUAUCCAGCUGCGCGGGAGGGAUCCCCCGCAACACGCGCCAUGGGACGUGGGAGAAUUACCGCAGCUCGCUCUUUAUUCACCUAAAAGCUAUGUGGAUUUAAUAAACGCAUUUUAAAAGGACAAAAAAAUACUUUAAAAAUUAAUUGGAAGAUAAGCAACUUUCCUCAGUUAUCCGGAGUUAAAAAAAACAAACUUCUACCAGGGACUUAUCUCAUCAUUUUUAUCUGGAUUUUGGUGAAACUGGCAGGAUGAGCACAUCGAGCUGCUUCAAACUGGUCGUUUCCAUCUGCUGCUGUUGGUCUCUCACAACUGCAGGACAUUCGGAGAGAGAGCCAAAGAUUCUGCCCUCUGAUGAUCCCCUCAUUCUUCAAAAGGAUAAUUUGUUGAGUCUGACCUGCAGAGGUCGCAGCGUCUUGCACUGGACGCUCGGCAAUGCCCAGCGAUCCCUCUCAUCGGAGGGGGUCAGGGUGGAGAAGUGUGAUGCCAGACAUUACUCCCACUGCAGCAGGCUGACCAUCACAAACCUGAGCGGCAGUGACACGGGGACGUACACCUGCAAAUACUCCAGAAAUGGUUUGGAUCAUGUGACCUCGACCUAUGUCUACGUUAAAGAUCUUGAACAACCAUUUGUGGAUCCCCACUCUGGAGCUGAUGUUCUGAGCGUCUACCGACAUGAGACAAACCUCACCAUUCCCUGCCGGACAACCUCGUCUGAUUUUUCCGUAACACUGAUUGGGGAGAAGAAUUUACAAAAGCAGAUCAUUAAAGACUUGCUAUGGGAUCCAAAGGUGGGCUUCACAAUUCCCUAUGGUCCCUACACAAUGUACACAAUGUUCAUCUGCAGGACCGUGAUCGACGGCCGUUCGUUUGACUCAUUGUACCUCCCUCAGAGACAGACGCUUGUCCUUAAUAAUGUGAAAAUCACCCCGGAGCGCAUUAAAGUGUUGGUCGGUGACACCCUCGUCCUCAAUUGUAGUGGUGAGACCACCUAUAACGGAAGAAUCCACUUCAUCUGGGAUUUUCCAAAAAGAAGAGACAACCGACACUCUACAGGAAAAGUUAAACUCCUCAAUCGUGCUCACGUUUAUGAGAUGAGUAAAUCUUUGGUGUUGCCAAAUGUUACUAUGGAGGAUAGAGGAGUUUAUCGCUGCAAAGCUGAGCUUGAACCCACAAAACACAUGGAUGCUUCAGCAAAAGUCAUCGUCUAUGAGCAUCCAUUCAUCAACAUCUCCUACAAGAAUGAACGUUCUGUGAAAGUGAAAGCCAGUGAAGGAAUGAAGAGGGUUGUGUUUGAGCCCAAGGUCAACGCUUUACCACAGCCAGAUAUGAUAGAUUGGUAUAAGGACGGCGUCCUCAUCGAGAAGAAUUCUACCUGUUACAAGAUGUCGAGUUAUAGCUUGGCCAUUACUGAUGUGCAGGAAAAGCAUGCAGGCAUCUUCACCAUAAGCCUGGGCAACAAACUGAAGGGCGUGUACAGAAAUCUGAGCUACACUCUGGUCGUCGACGUGAAGCCGACUAUUUUGGAAACGGAGCUCACCAGCGUGGACGUGCAGCCUUACAUGUCUGGCAGGCAGCAUCAGCUUACCUGCACUGUUCACGCUCAGCCCUCGCCAACAAUCCUCUGGUUGUGGCAACCGUGUUACUCAGACCCAACACUUAUAGAUUGCAUCAAUAACACUGAGCCAGUCCUGGUCAAGCAUGGCGUUGGGGGAAGAAAUUCAAACACCAUCAGAAGCACAGAUUUCAAGACUGAGGAGAUUAAAGGAAAAAAUAAGACUGUGAGUACCCUGGUGAUUGGAGAGGCUCGUGUUUCAGGAAAAUACCGCUGCAUGGCCCAGAACGAAAAGGGCAAGAGCACAAUAGCCAUACCUUUCUACGUUGAUGAUCACCCAGAAGAAGUUACCAUCCAGCCACAGAAAGCUAUAGAGGGGGACAACAUCACCCUCACCUGUCGGGCAACCCGUUACUUGUAUACAAGUCUGCAGUGGUUGGAUUCCAGGAAUCGACCAGUGACUUCGAGUGUGUCCAGCCUGCAGCUCAGCCAAUACUCCAUUACUCUCGGUCUUUAUCUGCACAAUGUGUCCCAAAACAGCACCACAGGUUACAAGUGUCAAGCAUACAAGCUCCACAAGAGGGCUGAACUCAAGACAGCUGCAUUAAUUGUGGAUGAGAGAAAGCGGCCCUGGCUGAGUCAAAAUCUGACUAAUCAAGAUGUGAAUAGUAGCAGCACCCUGGUCAUGGCUUGUUACGCUUCAGGAGUUCCUCGUCCCAGCAUCGUGUGGUACAAAGAUGGUCUUCAAAUGGAAGAAAGUCCAGGUGUCACCCUGGGGGAGAAUGGGACUCUGGUCAUCGAAAGGGUGAAGAAAGAAGACGAGGGUCUCUAUGAGUGUGUGGCCCAAAAUGAUGAGGGUUCUGCGAAAACAAGUGCUGUUGUCACAGUCCUAGGAGAUGAAGGAAAGCCAAACGUUGAGGUCAUCAUUCUAGUGUGUACUGGAGCAGCUGCCACGUUCCUAUGGCUGAUGCUUAUCCUCUUCAUUCGUAAAUUAAGGAAGCAACCAGCACACUACAAGAUGGGUCCAUCUAUAAUCAUUGAUCCAGAUGAAUAUCCCCUUGAGGAGCAGAAUGAUUUUCUUCAAUAUGACAGCAGCAAAUGGGAGUUUCCUCGUGAUCGCCUGCGACUGGGUAAAACCCUCGGCCAUGGAGCUUUUGGGAAAGUGGUUGAGGCCUCAGCAUUUGGAAUCGACAAGCUCUCAACCUGCAAGACGGUUGCAGUUAAAAUGCUGAAAGGAGGCGCAACAUCUAAUGAGCGUAAAGCUCUGAUGUCAGAAUUAAAAAUCCUGAUCCACAUUGGCCAUCACCUGAAUGUGGUCAACCUGCUUGGAGCCUGCACGAAGCCUGGAGGACCACUGAUGAUGAUAGUGGAGUUCUGCAAAUAUGGCAACUUGUCCAACUAUUUGAGAAGCAAGAGAGAUGACUUUCUUGUCUAUAAGAGCCAGGAUGGUAAGGUGGUGUCAGCCGGGUCGGGGUGUGAGCUGAGCGAGCUGAUGAAGCGCCGCUUGGAGAGCGUAGCCAGCACCGGAAGUUCAGCCAGUUCUGGCUUCAUCGAAGAUAAGAGCUACUGCGACUCAGAGGAAGAGGAAGAAGAUUCUGAAGAUUUGUAUAAGAAAGUCCUGACACUGGAAGAUUUAAUUUGCUACAGUUUCCAAGUUGCCAAAGGCAUGGAGUUCUUGGCGUCACGCAAGUGCAUUCAUCGGGAUCUGGCUGCACGGAAUAUCCUACUGUCCCAGAACAACGUGGUGAAAAUUUGUGAUUUCGGACUUGCCAGAGACAUCUAUAAAGACCCAGAUUAUGUGCGCAAAGGAGAUGCCCGACUUCCUCUCAAGUGGAUGGCACCUGAGGCCAUAUUUGACAAAGUCUACACAACUCAGAGUGACGUUUGGUCUUUUGGUGUUCUCAUGUGGGAGAUUUUCUCUUUGGGUGCCUCCCCGUAUCCCGGCGUCCAGAUUGAUGAAGAGUUUUGCUGCAGGCUGAAAGAAGGGACCAGGAUGAGAGCGCCAGAUUAUGCUCCUUCUGAAAUAUAUCAUACCAUGCUGGACUGCUGGCAGGGUGGGCCAGAGGACCGACCAACCUUCACUGAGCUGGUGGAGACGCUGGGAGACCUGCUUCAGGCCAGCGUGCAGCAGGAGGGAAAACACUACAUACCCAUCAACACCUUGCUGGCGAAGGUGGGAGAGCAGACUACCCCGGCACUGACGGAGGAGACGCCCUCUCGACCCGUCUCCCACCGCGACUCAGGAGGAACAUGGAACAUAAAGAUCCGUCCUGCUAGCGUAAAAACCUUCGAUGAAGUCACCAUGGAGAAUGGGACAAAUGAGAACCACGAGGGUCAGUCAGACAGUGGGAUGGGCCUUUCCUCUGACAAUAUGAAGACACUCAUGUGCUUGGAGUCUUUGGCAGGGCGACCCCUGAGCAUCAUAGCCCUGGCGAUGAAGGCAGUGAGUAAGAGUAAGGAGUCUGUACUGACUGACACAGACAAGGAGAAGUUUCCACCUGCAGUUCCGCCUCUAGUCUUCAGUCUGGAUGACUCGGUCCUGGACGACAGUAUGGAGUGUCACAGCCCACCGCCUGACUAUAACGAUGUGAUGCGCUACUCCACUCCUCCUGUGUAACCUCAAAUGUUAUCCGCUUGAGAAUCAGAGACCGGCCUCUGCUUUGUUCUCCUCGAUUUUGACUCAAAGCUACAAAAAGUUGUGUGGCAACACUUGAAAGGAAAACACAAGAUACUCCCUCUAAGCGUUUGAAAUCAAAUCAACUCCACUACAGCUACCAGCUUCCAGAGCUUCUACCGUGCAACAGAUGGAGACCUGUAGACUGUUGAUUCCUUCCCCAGUUUUCAGAUGUGGGCUUAUGUUAACUCUGCCGGCCCACUCCAGCGUCACUGUGAUAUGUAAACAGCUGAAACCAGGCUCAGGUAUUUUUCUUUUUGAUCUACUGUGAAACAAACCACAUUGAGUCCAACUUCACCACAGAUUUGAACAACCCCUGAUGAUGGUAAAGAAGAGUAACGCCCAGGAAAGAAAAGCCUGAUUUCUUCUAAAUGUCUUAAUGUUAUUUAAGGAAUGAAAACUAGAGAGGAAUUUGUAAAGAGUUGGUUGAAAAAUGAGUCAUUUCAUAGGCAUCAUAUCCAUGUGUUAGGAGGUUCAGCUUUGUCCAGAGCACAAAGCAGAUGGAAAAAAGCUGAAUAUUAGUAAUGAAAAUGUUUAUAUCAGAUCACUGUUCAUGCAAUUAAAAACAAAAUCAGCGCGAUAAUCUCAGGUUGACUCAAAUCGAUGGAGGAGAGGGCCUUUAAGCUCUCUUGGGUUUUAGAAAAUGGCAGGUUAAUAGAGGAAACAGGGUUCAGAUUUAUUGUUACAGCUCAAACAUGAAGGCAUUAAAAAUAUCAGUUUCUGUAUAUGCAGACUCCUUACAAUUUUUUUGAGUGGGGGGGUGCAAAGGAAAAGAAGAACAAAAUGUGUAUAUUCCGUUGUGUACAGAAGUAGUUUGAAAUAUGCAAAUAGAGCAGAGCAUUAUAAAAAUGGUUAUUAAAGAAGCACUAGUAGAAUGAAUUGUGUAUUUAUAUAAACACUGUCACUUAGUCAUCCAGUUCUGCUCAUUCAUAUUCAUAUUCACUUGUAAGUUAACCAAAGGGCCUUGUAGUUCAGUCUUCAUGAUAUAUGUACUGUUUAUGCUGCUGUAUUCAUUGAUAAUUCAACCAUAGGAUCCCACAGAAGCAGGUAAUCGGGUUGCUCUCCAUCCCAUUUCUUGUGCUUCCAAAGCUUCCAUGCAGGCCACAAAAACGCUGGACGACUUGUCGCCAGUCCUCUCGGCCUCACUGUUACAUUAACACGUGACGUGUGUAAGUUUUAACAGCUUUUUCAGCAUUUGACAUGUGAUACAAGAUGCACUGGAAAUGGUGUGGAGCUUAACCUUCAGUCAUGCUUGUGUAAGCACGCACACACACCUUGCAGAAAUGCAGCUAGCUUUUGUUCGUUAACCACAAAGGAAACCUCAUCUGUUGGUGAGUAAACUGCAGUGUAAAUGAAACCCAUGUUUUUCUAAAUGAUGUUUUUGUGGAGAGCAAUUGAUUAUGCACUGAUGCUUUGUAUCAAGUACACACACACACACACACACACAUAUAUAUAUAUAUAUAUAUAUAUAU